AUGGCCCGUAAGCGCAAGAGCGUAGCUAGUUCUGUUGACUUGUGCCCGCGGGAUCUCGACGAGAUCCCGUACAUCGCUUGGAUGAACAAACAAAUCGCGGCCGGCCGCAAGCCCGCCGGCCCUUUGCCCGAAGGAGCGCCUGGUGCGGGGGACACCUCGUUCGAAGCCCCGCGCGAUGUCCCUACCCGCGGACGUCGUCAUGCCGACCGGGUUGCCUCAUCCCGCGUCAACGACGAUGUUGCCUUCGAUGACGAUGAUGACGCCGCGGACUCUGAUUACAACGAGUGCGACGAGGCCUGCGAAGACGACGCGGACUCUGGCGAGGAGCAGGACAAGGGCAUGUCCCCCUCCGAGGAUGAAGUUGACGCCGACGAGGACGCCGAUGACGACGAGGACGCUCCCGAAGAGGCCCAGCCUGCGUCCCCGGCUCCUCGUCGCGGCCGUGCGUCUGCCGCUGCGGGAACCAAGACUGCUGCUAAGGGCGGGGAACCUCCGCGUGCCGCUGCCAAGACCCGUAACUUGCAUCCUGUUAAGCGGAGCGUGUGGUUCAUGAAGGACGAGCGCGGGCCCCUCCUCGGGAAGCAGGGCUCUCAGUACUGGGCCCGCCUCGCGCGUCACCUCGAGAAGGAGAAUCCCGGUUGGGUGCGCGGUGUAAACGCGCUUCAGAAGCAGUGGCGCAAUCUUGUGAACAUGUACAAGCAGAUCAAGAAGGGGGAAAAGGCGAGCGGCAAGGGUUCCGUGUGCAAGCCCCACUGGUACCCGUACAUGGCGCUUUUCCAGAACAACAAGGCGGUGGGCAACCCUCACGCCGUCGACGGUGGCGGUGCGGCACACGUCAACGUGCCGUGCGGGUACGCGGUCCCGUCCACUUCGGCGCCCUGCACCUCUACGCCGACAUUCACUGAGACGGCGACGAUGGCCGCUGCAAAGCUGGUGUGCGAGACGAUCAAAGGCUGCCACUCAGACGCCAUGAGCAGGCUCGAAGGCCUCGUCCGCGCGUGGAUGGAUCAGGACGCGCGUAUUGCUCGGGAACGCGUGCAGCAGCCCGCACCCUCCCCGCAUGUCCGCGACGACAUCCCUGCCCACGCGGACAACAUGACCGACUCGCACGCCGCCGAAGGCGGCGACGACGGCUGGCUUCGUCGCGGGCAGGCGGGCGAAGACCCCUCUAACCCAGAUGCGGGUGAGGAGGUGUGGGUCCGCGGCGCCGCCGAGUGA